UUUGGCUGACGUGCAGGAGCAUCCUGCGGCGGCUGGCGGGCGCGGCGCCGCUGGCGUUCGCGGAGUGGGCGCGGCUGGAGGCGGCGGCGGGCGGGCUGACGGCGGCCGCGCGCGCCGCCCGCCACGCGCUGCGCGCCGCCAUCCGCGACCGCGCUGUGCCGCACCACCACGUGCUCUACAUCGCACGGGUGGCGUGCGAGGUGGGCACCACGGAGGGCCAGCCGGGGCUGCUGGGCGUGACGGCGCUGGUGGCGGCCGUGCUGCGCCACUCGCAGCUCCUCGUCUGCGGCGCCAAGCAGCAGGACCUCGUGUACGCAUUGGAAAUUUGUGAACAGAAAUGCGACGAGCUGCAGCGCAAGUACAACUCGGGGGCGGGUAAGCAGAGUAAGCAGGAAGAGGAGCAGGAGGAGGUGGAGGAGGAGGAGGAGGAGGAAGAGAGGGAGAUGAAGAGGGAGGAGGAGUAUGAGGAGGAGGAGGAGCUGGGCGCGCUGCUGCCGUCGCGCGCGGAGUGGGGCGCGGUGCGCGUGCUGCUGUACACGCCGUGGCGGCGCGCGCGCGUGCUCACCUCGCUCCUAGCGCAGCCCUACACCGGCGAGAGCGCGGCGGGCGCGCGCUACUGGGAGCAGCAGGCGACGGCGCUGGCGGCGGCGGCGGGCUCGGCGGCCGUGGCGCGCUCGCUGGCCGCGCACUGCCCGCACAGCCUCUACCUAAACAUCGUGGGUGCGUCAGCGGCGCUGUGGGCGCAGGCGGAGGGCGCGUGCGGCGCGGGGGGCGCGGCGCGGCGCGGCGCGGGCGGGGCGCGCGGCGCGGCCGUGCUGGCGCAGCUGCUGCCCGCGCUCGUGCGCGCGCUGCACUCCGAGUGGGCGCGCAAGGAGAGCGAGUGCCUGGCGCGGGCGGUGCGGCGCGCGCUGGGCCGCGAGGCGGGCUGCGGCUGGGUGGGCGCGGCGCUGCGCCUGGAGGCGGAGGGGCACGCCGCGCGCCCGCGUCUGCCGCACGCGCUCUACGCCGCGCUGCACCACGCGCCGCACCACAAGUGGAUGUACGUGCGCGGCGCGGUGUGGUGCGGCGGCGAGGCGACCUCGCUCGCCGACACGCUGCUGGACAAGCUGCUGCGGCUGCACGCGCUCCCGCACGAGCUGCAGCCGCUGCUGGACGCGCACCACGACAGACAGAAGAAACACACGCGCUCGGAACAUGGUGAAGGGAGCACGGAACAUGGUGAAGGGAGCACGGAACAUGGUGAAGGGAGCACGGAACAUGAGGAAAUUGUUCCGAAUGAAGAAAAGAUUGAAAAUUACGCGUUUAAUGAGCCGUUAGAUGUGUUCAUGGACCCUCAGGACAUUCCGCUGGCGGAGCGCCGCGGGUACGGCGAGCUGCGGGAUGUGAACGACGCCUCGGAUGGGAGCACACGUGGAGCAUAAGUCUCGAUGGAACAUGUGUUCCAUACCGGUAUGCUCUACCAGUCAAACGUUAAUUUGGCAAUUGAUGAUUCUAGAAUGCUUUUUAUUAAUACAAAAUUGAAUGUUGACUGUUUGCCUUUCGGAGGCAUGUGUACUUAGCCUUGACAGCAGAACUUGGAUUACUUAGCUUCCCUUUCAAUGCAAAUUGUGAAUCUAUGAUACUUUACACCGACUGUUAAUUUAGAAUCUCACUAACAUAGUAAUAAGUUUACGGAAAACUGUAAUCUGAACUAUUAAAAUAUCAGAUUUAUGCCAAAUGUAAUAAAGUUCCUUUGUACAAUUUUUUUAAUGUAGACAUGAUUUUAUUAUAAUUCAGUGUUUUUUCAUAAUUAGUGGAAAUGUAUGGUGAGAUUAUAAAGUAACGGUGUAUAAUGACAGCGACAUAUCGCGCACAUAUAGACGCGUUCAAAACCAUAAUUAAGUAUAGAUUUUAUGUCCCCGCUUGCUUCUAUAAAUAAAUGCAAUGUAAUAAAUAAUUCAUCAAGACAAUGUUUAAUGUAACUUAGUGAUUAAAUAAAAAAAGCCUAUUUCACUACAAAUGCAAUACCGAUCUAAUGGCACCUAAUAAUUAUUGUUUACGCUAUUUAAGUUACAAGAGAUCGCUUUUCAAAGGUACAAUUAGUAGAAAUAUAAGUAUAUCUAACUACAAAUGUAUACAAUCCUACUAAAAAUGUAUACAAUCCACCUACAAAUGUAUACAAUCCAUCUACAAAUGUAUACAAUCCAACUACAAAUGUAUAUAAUCCAACUACAAAUGUAUACAACUCAACUACAAAUAUAUACACGAGGAUUAUGCUCGAUUCAUACAUGGCCAGUACAGUUGGUCAACGCUCUCAAAUACUCGACUGGCAUCUAACUGGAAUAGUGAAUAUUAACUGGCGCCAGUGAUACUAUAAUAUGCCUGGUCUUUGCUAUUGUCUAAGUGUACUGAUCAAGCGUGAACCAGGUAUUAAGCUAAGGAGAAAGUGUAAAAAAAAUAUGUACAGCUAGUUUUAAUCUUUUUUCGGGUAAGCUGCGCUGAGCAGUACUCGCCCCCUCCUCCCGCGUACCUUUACCCCCCGCUACAUCUACAGUAUAUUCUGCGCAGUGAACACGAAACGCACCGCUUUUGCAUUACUUAGAUGUAGUGAGUUCUCGGUAACAUGGUACCCUAUCAAUGUAGUUUUAAAAUCUCAAUUUUGAUCAACAAUUUCAGCAUUUUUCAAAUCAAAUUCAAGUAUCAGUAGUUCUUCGACGAAACAGAUCUAUGUUAAAAUAGAUGUUUUUGUUUGCAAAAUAUUUUAAUAUGCAAAAGUCCCAAUUAGAUUUGUAAAACGUUGAAAGUAAUGUAUAAAAAGAAAUCUACAUAAAAAUAUAUGUACGUCUUAUAUGUAAUUUAUGAAGUAAUGUUGCGCAAAUUUUAAAUAGGUGGGCUAUAAAAAUAUACGAUGAUAAUGAUUUGUGAUGUGUUCGAUAACUGAGAGGAAUUGAGGCUGAAAAGUAUGGCCUACCUAUGGUUUAUUUCAACUCCAGACCUAAAAAGUGUAUUCUAUGAUAAACUUUGUGGAUUUCUAAGUAUUUUUAUAAACCAAUUUUAUCCAACAUUAUAUUACCGAUAGAAAUUAAAAAUAGUGUUAUGUCCGCCUGUUUUUAUUAGUAGUUUUUUUUUUACAUUUUUUAGCUCUU